AUGGGGAAGAAGAAGAAGAAGAAGAAGAAGAAGAAGAAGAAGAAGAAGAAGAAGAAGAAGAAGAAGAAGAAGAAGAAGAAGAAGAAGAAGAAGAAGAAGAAGAAGAAGAAGAAGAAGAAGAAGAAGAAGAAGAAGAAGAAGAAGAAGAAGAAGAAGAAGAAGAAGAAGAAGGAGAAGAAGAAGAAGAAGAAGAAGAAGAAGAAGAAAGAAGAAGAAGAAGAAGAAGAAGAGGGGCCCGAAGCAGAACCAGGGGAGGAAGAAGAACCACCACUACAGAUUUCGCAACUUACGGAAGCAGAAGAAGCGGAGCAGCACGCCCCCGAGCACUAA